AUGAGUGUCUACAAGUCUCUCGUGCGGUUACUCAUAGACUAUGCCAGCCCUGCUUUACUCAACAUGACAAGCAAUGACGCUAAGGGCCUUGAAACCAUCCAAAAUGAGGCGUUAAGAAUAGCCCUGGGAGCCCCGAAGUGGACGAAGAUGGACAAUUUAAGGAGUGAGGCACAGGUACCUCCGCUUACACAAAGAAUAAACACUGUGAUCGCUAACCUCCUUAUCAAGACUGCCAUCAGAGGCCACCCAGAUCACCUACACACACUUCUCCACAACCACCGUGACCAGGGGAACCAAGGCAGGUGGUUUAAACGAGCGGUGGAAGCCCUCGACAGCUCUGGGGUCACCUGGGGGACAUUAAUCACCGCUGCCGCCCCUACCGAGGCUCAAACUGCACCCCCGUGGGAAACGCCAUGCAUCACCACCAUCAUCAACCCGCCACGGAAAAAGAAAAUCCUGUGUGCAAUGGCAGAACUGCAGCAAGAAGGGCUCCAUACCAUAAGCGCCGCCCAGAGGGCACACACAGCUACAUACUUCACCGACGGAUCCACUGAUCCGGUGACAGGGCGGUCUGGGGCGGCGUAUGUAUGCAAGACCGACAAUGGGCGCGCGGCAGUCUCCGCCAUCACCACCACCGCCUCUGCUCGAACAACUGACUUCUCCUCCACACAAACUGAACACGCCUACACCUACCACUGCCGGAAUGUACUUAUUGCCACGGACUCCAUGACUGCCAUUGCAGCGAUAAACAAGCAGGAUGGAGAAAACAUCACACAAACCCGAGUCAUCUGGAAAACAGCAAGAGCCAUCCACAAUGUGGGCAGAAGUGUCACUCUUGCUUGGAUACCAUCCCACGUGGGAAUCUCAGGAAAUGAAGAAGCGGACGCCCUCGCCAAACGGGCAGCCAGUGACGCAACGGUGACCACAGUCAUCCCCAGGACGUUGAAUCAGCUGAGAGGAGCAGUGAAAGCCCACGCAGAGAGGCAGCGACAGCAGGAACAACACGACCAGGGGAGCGAGAGCGUCAGAUGGUUCCGCCAGAUUGCCGCAGGCUGCCCGCCCCCAUCCCGAAACUUCCCGAGCCGCCUGUGUGAGGUGGUGACAUGCAGGAUACGUCUCGGGUACCCUUACCCGUGGCAACUCGGCUUCGCGACAUCGGAGGAGGAGACACGAUGCCGACUGUGCGGUGCGCCGGAGGGACAGUCUUGA